GCUAGGCUACCGCCUAUGAUAACAAAUCAAUACAAUAUGAGUGCAUUAUACAUAUACAUGUAUUAUUGUGUAAAUAAGGCCAGUACAGUUGUAGAAUUCACCGACAAACAGUAUGACUAUCAGAGGAUAAACAUACAUUUGAACUGUUUUAAAUUCCUGUUGAAAAGCAACCAACUGCCAGGACCUCUGCUUUAUACAGGGCCAGAUGGACUAAGAGAUCAACGACUUGCUGUUAAUACCCCGGGAAACAGUGUUGGGGUGUGCAACUCAAACGAGCACACAAGUGAACUAGGCUACUUGAGCCGAGCUCCAACCGACAUGAAAUUUCCAAAAGCCAAAAAUGGAAAUAUUGGAGAAAUCGGAUGGGAGGUCGAAUAUUUUAAAGUGAAAAAGGGCAUUUAGUAAAUGGACUAUUUAAAACGAUUGGUGCUUUUUAUAAUUUUCAAACAAGCUUAUUAUUUAAUUAUGUAGUAGUAUUUCAUACUUAUGGAAUUAUAAAGAUUAUUAAAUGACA